AUGGAGGGGGGCGCUUGCACCCCCGAUCCAGAGGUGAGUGCAAAGAUACUCAACCUCCUCACCGAGGUCGGCCUGAUAAGUGCGCGGCUAGCGGUGAGCCAUGGGUCGGAAGAGUCUCUGGCACGACAGCUGGCAGAGCGCCUAGGGCUGGAGUGUAAGCCUUGGCACGUUUCGUUUGUCAAGGGCCAGGUACGAGAAGCUGUGCAGAUGGCUGAUCUUGACAACCGUGUGAGAGGGACUUCAUCGUCGUGGUCCAUGCAGAAUUUGGUGGAUGCCAAGGCCAUGAUUGAGAAGGAGAAGAAACCCCUCGAGCCACAAGCAGAUGUGUUAGUGUUGCCUGCCAUACCCAAACGGGGGACGCUGGGCCGGACGGUCCGGUUGAGAGGCGGUCGGAUUGCAGCUGAGAACGAAGUGAACGACAAGGUACUUUGCAAGCUGGUGGACGAGCUCAAGAUUUACGGGGCAGUGGUUUUGGAAGAAGUUGCGAAGGCAAUGAACCCAAUGAGGGCUGGGAAAAUACAGGUUGUCCACGAUCCGGAGCGCUUCCGAGUAUGGUCCGAGUCCAUGGGCAAGCCGGGGCAGAGACCGAACACUGUGAUGCUAGUAGACUACAUGUACGCACGUGAGGAGGAAGGCAUGGGGCCGUCGAUCCCGCUGGCCGUCAGCACGGCGGUUGCACGGUUUGAGCGUACUGCAGGAACACCAGAGGAGGAGCAAUUGAUGUCACAGAUCUUCCCGCAGAUUGUGAUGAAGGAACUGACGAAAAGGCUGGAACAGAAUGCACCACCGGUGAGGCGAGCGCCUCGCUGGCUGGGGUGCUUCGUUGCACCCAUGGAGACAUUGGUCAUUGAUGGGGCCGUGCCUUUUGAGGCGGUCUCAGGCAGUGCAAGGACGUUGGCCCUGCUUGAGGGGUACAGUGGCAGGCUCAUCCCCUCCGGCUGGGAGAGGUUCUGGUUGGAACAUAGUGAGAGAGCAACCCUGCCGAGCGGAUUGGCAGCGCUUGGUGUAGAGAAGGCCGAUCGUGAUUACCUCGGGAGGUGGUGUCCGGAGGGUUCUGACAUCUACGUUCGGACCUACAACUCCAUCGUGAAGAAGAUGCAGAAGAAGAUGGUGGGGAUCCUGAGGGGUGAGACGGCCUAUGAAGACUUGGAUGAAGGUUCGAUCCUCGAAGAGCUCAAGGUGUGGCUGACGGAGAAGUGGACUGCCCCGGAGGACCAGGACGAUACUACGAUCUACGAUGGCUCGCAGAGUGAUGUGGAGGGCGACGGCCAGAAGCCCAGGGAGGCAAAGAAGAGGAAAGUUGGCACCCCCCUCGAAGAGGAGAGGGAAGGCUUGGGGGAGGAGCGCAGCAAGCGCACGGUGGCAGCAAAAUGCGGAAGAGGUUGGGGCUCAAGACCCGGGGCAAGCAUGCCAAGGGCGGUGCUCACGGACGCGGAGGGCACUAAGGCGGUGGAAACUGCUGGUACUGACCUCAAAUACCUGUUCUCCAGGCACGAGGUGAGCGUUGACAACCAAAAGCUGUUUUAUCACCAUGGUGUGACGACCCUUGAGAAGCUGUCGAACUUCGCGAAGGAUCGAGAGGACUUGACCGCAGUUCUCAAAGAGCAUUGGGAAUUAGAUGCGGAGAGAUCCUUGGAUGAGAGGGUUCAGGUGGCUGCCAUCGUAUGUGCAUUCAGCAAUGCCAAGACGAGAAGCCAGAGAGCAGCAGAGGUUGACGCGGACUACGACUCGCUUCAAUGGUCGCGUCCAGUGGUGGCCGGGGAAUGGGCAGCAAUGAGGUCGGCAUUGGAGAAGAGGUACGGCCACCUGGAAGACAAGAUCUACCCUGCCAAAGAAUACAUUGAAAAGAAGUUGGCAGAGGUCGAAAGCGGUGAAUACCGCGCUGAGGAGCUCACGGAGAUCGUGUCGAAAGAAGAAAGCGGGCCGCAGACUGUGGUGCCUAUUUGGGACUCCAAGGGCCGAUUGGCCAUGAAGAAGGGCUCGACGAAAGUGCAGGAACCGGCAAACGCCGAAGAACUUCGCAAGAGGUUGACAGUUUGGAAGAAUGCAAUGGUCAUGAUAUCGUUGAAACAUUCCAACAGGCGCGAGCUUCAAGGAGCAUGGGAAGAGACAGUCGAGCAGUACAAGGAUUACCUCCUUGGCGACUAUGUGUAUGGCCUCAGUGCAAAGGACGCAGAAGGACAGACCUUUGCUGCACCACCCUGGAAGCUGAUCAUUGCAUAUGAAAAGGCGAUCAGGAAGCAAGCAGUGAAGAUCACCAACACUGAAGGCAAGCCACUUACAGUUGCAUUGAAGACAGCAUGGAAGGAUGCUACAGUCAAGGAGCGGAACUUCACAACACCCCUUGCAUUGUAUGCAAAGAGGCCUACGCCGCCAUGGGCCAUGGAGAGAGUCAGCGAGAAGAGAAAGGCAGAGGAGGAGGUUGGCACUUCAGGGAAGUUGCAGAGGAGGCAUUUGGAGGAUGCUGCAAAGUGUGAGGUGCUCUUGGAGGCUGUCAAGGUGAUGGGCAGUGUCGCAGCUGUGGAGAAAGAGGCCUUCAAGAUGGCGAGAGGGGGUGACAUUCUUGAGGAGGAUCAGGGUGGUGCUGAAGGUGUGCUUGCGAAGUGGGAUCCAGAUUGGAGGUUCCUUGAACAGGCGAAGUCCGGGCUUCCGUUGGGAGUGUUGCAGGAGCUGCCUCGUACACCUGACAUCUUUGAGGAGCAGUGCAGGUGGAACUUGGAAGGUGAAGAUUGGGGCGAGGCAGUUUGGCAGAAGAGCAACUACCUGUCGGCUGAAGAGCGUGAGAAGUAUCUGGUCAAACACCUUGAACAAGAGGUUGCAGAAGGGCUCAUGGUCAAGAUGACUGAGGAGGAGUUUGUUCGCCGCUUCGGUGACAACCGGGCAGUUGCUGCUCUUGCAGUCUUGGUUGAGGAUGAGCUCACUGGCAAGAAGCGGGUCAUUCAUGAUGGGACGCAUGGAGUCAUGGUGAACCACAUGCAGGGACAAAAGAAGCGGGCGCUGCUGGAGGAGUAUGAGGAGGAGCACUUGGCAGUGUUGUCUUUGGUGGGAGAUUUUGCAAAGGCCCGGCAGAACAGGGAGGAUAGGUGGCGUCUUGGCUUUUGCGCUGAUGGCUGCACUGGGGGCCCCCUUCAAGUGGUCGAAGCAGAGAGGUGGCCUGGUCACGGAGUGGAUAGGCCUUACAACAGAUUACAAGACCUACGUACUCCAUGGGCCUUUCGCAGAGGAGAGCAGGCUGAGGAAGGAGGUCAGUGCCAGAGAAUUUUCAGCGGGCCUAGGGCCGCUGGGCUUCACUGCGUUGGCUUUGCCAUGGGAAAAACCUCUACUGGCCCCUUUGUAUGCUUGGUCCGCGGCAAUUCAGUCCAACAAGGGGACCCUGACGAUCCCGUGGUCUGUGCAAUUCAUUUUGAGCUGGAUUGCAAAGAGGUUGAGGUCUGGCGGAAGACUGGAACCGCUCCCUUGAAGAUCUGGACCGAUGCAAAGGCCACGGAGGAAGAGGCAUGGAUAGGAGGAUGGCUUGAGGAGAGUGCCAACAGCUUUGAGUGCAGGUGGUUUUCCCUGAAGGUUACAGAAGUCAGCGCCCCAUCGCUAUAUUACAGAGGCCGGGACCCGAAGAGGGUUAUUGCUGCAUUGGAACUUCUGGCCACCCUGGUCGCCUUGAAGUUGUGGCUGAAGGGGGCAGGAGGUACAGCAGAGGUCCUCGCGGAAGCCUUCACAGACAACAGGGGGAAUGCCUUCAUUCUCAAGAAGGGUUUGUCGACAAAGUAUCCCAUCACGCUCUUGGUGAUUGAGGUGGCUGAGACGUUGAGGAGACUUGAUACCUUUGCCACAUUGACCUGGGUGAGCAGAGAUGGGAAUGUUCUUGCAGAUGCCUUGACAAAUGAGGACUACAGUGCAUUUGAUCUUCAGAGGCGAGAGCUCAUUGCGGAGAAGUAG